CACAGCUUUACGCCUGCAUCUGGCAUACCAGAAAUAGCGCUCUGCAGGAGCAGCAUUCAGUUGACAGCAGAGUUGCGGUCUUCUCACCAGAGCCGCAACAAGAACGAAGUUCCGUCACACCAUACAUGUUUCUUCAUCAAAAGCUGCAAUGUGUUCGACAAGAUACGACUUCCUUAACUAUUGCGUGCCUGUUCUAGGAAGUCCUCCUUAUUAUCUACACUUUGUUUUAUCACGUUGAGUUGCGCUUACGUUCAUUAGAUCAUCGUAUAUCAACAGCAGUAUGACUGAAAUGAGAACCCCUCCUUUCAUCUUCCAAGCAAAUCGCAUACGGCAAAACGAAAAUCUGCGAUCCAUUCGAGACACUCAUGGGCGAUGGCAACCACCAAGAGCUUUACACGGCAGUCAGAUUAGACUUGGGCAGAGCACAGAUAGGUUUUUUUACUUCAACGGCGAAAGAACUGCAGAGAUAGGCGAGCUUCCACAAAAUGCGGAACUGUACAGGACAGUUUCAAUGUAUUACAGCCUCGGGCAAUUUUACAUGGUGCCUUAUGACUGCACAUUGUACACUGUUGGCAGUGGUCGCGCCAAUGACGAAGAAGGAGACUCGUCAGAGGAAGAGGAUGCAGAAGGCGAGGACGAAGGCGAGCUGGAGAUCAAUAGCAUCGACUGGUCCUUGCUGCGCUUUCACUGGCUAUCUCAAGGUUACUUGUCCGAAGCGUGGUUCAAUGGAUCGUACCCUCGUCUUAAUACUCAACGACCUGAUCAGCAUUGGGUCAAUAGGCUCUUACCAUCCCCAUACCGUGCUGAAUUUAGUAGAAGGACGCAAGAUCAAUUAUAUGGUGGUCUCAAUGGUGAUCUAGCCAUCUUGAUUGCGCUGCUAGCUUUUUCAGCGUACGACGGAGCGGUUGCGGACGUUUUCGAAUACUCUGUACGCGCCGUUCAUGGCGAAAACGGCGGGUGGAAAAUUCACAAUAGACAUGAAGAAGAAGGAUGUAUGUUUCUCAUUAUCGAACAACUUUUAUUUAGGUUCUGAUAGCAGGCAGGGGUCGACAAGCGCGGUUUUGUUGUAAAAGUCUGGAGUUUACCGCCAUAUUCAACAGAAGUCGAACUACAUGGGCUUGAACGAGGGAUCUACGGGAAGAUAUGGCCAUAGUAUCAUUCUACAUAGCAUUUCUGCACAUAGAAACUACGAAGAGCCAUACAAUUCACGUUUGUGGGCGAAUAAGGUGUAGA